GCGGCGGUGCUUAGCAAUGACGCUUAAUAGGUAUAAACACUCAACAGAGUGCGGAGUUUGUGUACGCAUAUUAUUUUGAAAACGGGGCCGUGUCGUUUUCCAUGGGUUCUGCGGAUUUCAAAAGUCUCGAAGAUGAACUCUUAGACAACGUUGACAAAGACGUCCGUUACUGGCAGCAGAACGAUGCCAAGAUCAGAGCUGUGAAGAGCGUUUCCACGUACCAAGAAUUCAGCGACAUUGUCAAGGCAGCCCAUCUAAGCCCGUUGGCCAAAAAGGACAAAAUACGCAAAGACGGUUCGUCGUCGAUUUGGAACAACGUAGUCUCCAACAACAUGCAAGACACCACCAGACACUCUUCCGACAUAAUCGCUACCAACAAUGAUGUUAAGGACAAUAUACCGAGUGCUUGUUCGCCGAAAGUACAAGAAUUCAUUGUGACUUUUCGACGCCUCAGUACGGCUAAACUGAGAUACAAGUAUUUAAGCUUACACGGCGCCGAACAAGUGGCCGGAACGUUUCACAGCGAAGAAAUUCCACCUUCGGUUCUGGUCGAACUACUCGAGACACUUCUCAUAUUCCCGUCCAACAGCGUUCCCGACAUAGUAGCCGUAACCAGACUCUUGGACGUUAUUUCCGGAACGAAAAGAUUUGAACUUGCUAUUGAGUUCUUGAGCUCUACAGAAUUGGACACUUUAUGCAAUCUAUUUGAUAAAUUGGAAGAUAGCCUCAAAUCGGGGCAACAAGAUUUAGCCGAACAAGGUGUAACCGAGUGGAGUCUGUGCACUCUGAGGAAAAAAUAUAAAAUAUAAUUAUUAGAGCAAACUCUUUAAGUCUAUAUUACAGACUAUUAUAUUAUAUGAUAUAGAUAAAUAAAUAGUUCCCCUUUGAAUUUUAUCUAUGGUGUACAUAUCCAAAAAAAAUUACUACACAAUUGAGUAUACGCCUAGUGAGAAAAUUAAAUGAUGAUGAUUUUCGUUCAAAACUAAAUUCAUUCUAAACUAUGAUGUAUCAGUAUUAUUUCGUGGCAGAUAAAAAUUGUGGUGAUAUUAAUUUGUUAUUUGUCUUUAUUCCUUUUUUUACUUUUAUUAUAUUUUUUUUGUGAAAGACUGAUUCCCAAUGGCAAUAAUCUCGAGGUUACUUAAAUACCUAUGCUGGAUUUUAUUGUUGUAUGAUUAGUGGGCUUUAAAUAUUACGUUGACAAAAGUUUUUGUAUUUGUUUUUUUUUUAAGUAUUAAUUUUUACACAUGUGAUUUACAAAAUAAAUU